AUGUGCAGGCCCCGCAGCAGCCCCCGCCCGCCCCGGCUCUCCCGGCCCUCCCUGCCCGACUCCCGUGUCCCCCGCACUAAGCGGCCCUUGCGCCGCCUGCAGCCAGCGCUGCUCCCCUGCCUGCGCUCAGCCCUGCCCUGGUUCCCUGCCCUCCGCACCGUCCCCGGCGAUCUUGUCCAUCAGCACCUCCUCUCGGCCGAUGCUGUGCGGUGCCGGGGCAGAGGCGACCGCAAGGCCGAGCGGUGCCUGAGGGCAGCGGGCAGAGGCGAGGGGCCCCGCGGCAGCGGCGCCGGGGCUGCCGAGACGACGUUCCCCGUGUUCCUGCGGCUCCGAAGCCUCCCAGCAGGGCUGCGCCGUCCCGAAAGACGGCCCCGGCGCCCGCUCCCGUCCCGGCUACGGGACCAUCCCUGCCGGGCUGCCCCCGUUGCCAAAAGGAUCCCGGUCCCUCGGCCCCGGCAGCGCCCCCUAGCGGCCCAGGAGCCCCGCGCACCCAGGUCGCCGCUGGCGCCGCGGAUUGGUUGUCGCUGCCGAGGGGCACGGCGAAGCCCCGCCCCGGCCCGCGGCGCCCCCUGCGGGCCCCGCGGCGCCUGCGCAGCGGCCCCGGCCGUUGUUGUGGAGGGGCCGGUCAAGAUGGCGGCCGGGCAGGGGGGCGGCGGCGGCAACAACGGCACGGGCAUCGGCACCGGGCCGGCGCCCGGCUGCGGAGCGGCGGGGCUCGGCAUCCCCGCGCACCUUACUCUCUCCUUCUCGUCCGGGCCGCACUGGGGCGCGGCAGCUCUGCCGCAGUCGCACACGGUGCGCAGCCUAGAGCGGGCCCUGGAGGAGGCGGGCAGCUCGGGCAUCCUGUGCCUGAGCGGGAGGAAGCUGCGCGACUUCCCCGGCAGCGGCUGCGACCUGAGCGACACCACGCAAGCAGAUCUUUCCAAGAACAGAUUUACUGAAAUUCCUCCUGAUAUCUGGCUGUUUGCACCACUGGAAACCUUAAAUUUGUAUCACAACUGCAUCAAAUCCAUUCCAGAAUCUAUUAAAAACCUACAAAUGCUUACCUACCUUAACAUUAGUCGAAAUCUUUUGUCAACAUUGCCAAAAUACCUGUUUGAUCUUCCACUGAAAGUUCUGGUUGUCAGUAAUAACAAGCUGGUCUCCAUUCCAGAAGAAAUUGGAAAGUUGAGAGAUCUAAUGGAGUUGGAUAUUAGCUGUAAUGAACUUCAAGUUCUUCCCCAGCAAAUAGGAAAAUUGCAGUCACUUAGAGAAUUGAACAUAAGAAGAAAUAAUCUCCAUAUGUUGCCAGAUGAAUUAGGAGACCUUCCCUUGGUAAAGCUGGAUUUUUCUUGUAAUAAAAUUACAGAAAUUCCCAUUUGUUACAGAAAGUUACGUCACUUACAAGUUAUAGUUUUGGAUAACAAUCCAAUGCAGAUACCACCAGCACAGAUAUGUUUAAAGGGCAAAGUACAUAUAUUUAAAUUCCUCAGUAUUCAGGCGUGCCUCAGAAUAGAUAAAAAACCGGAUUCUUUAGAUCUUCCAUCAUUAGGUAAACGAAUCCCCUCCCAGCCACUCACAGACAGCAUGGAGGACUUUUAUCCCAAUAAAAACCAUGGACCAGAUUCUGGCAUUGGAAGUGAUAAUGGAGAUAAAAGGUUGUCCACUACAGAACCAUCUGAUGAUGAUACAAUCAGCCUUCACUCCCAGGUAUCAGAAUCAACAAGGGAGCAGACAUUAAGGAAUGACAAUCACGUAAUGGGAAGUAAACUCGAUCCACAGAAAGACCAGGAGGCAUUUGACUACAUUGAUCCCAGCACAGAGGAGGGAGCUCUUCCUGAGCAGGGAGAUGCACAGAUUGGCCCCCUGCUCUCCCAUGUCAAGGAACGGGGAAAACAUCCUCAGAAAUCCCAGAAAAUAGAACAAAAUGAGGACUGGGGAGAUGAAAAAAGACGUCACAAAGAACUGCUGGCUGAAGAUGAUGAUGAACUCAAAGAAGUGACUGACUUGAGAAAAAUAGCAGCUCAGUUAUUGCAGCAGGAACAAAAACACAGGCUUCUUAAUCAUUCAGUUUCAGUAAACACAAGGAACAGGCCAAAGCAACCAAUGGAAUCUGAAAAAUGUGUCUCAGCAAAUGAAGUGAAUUCCCCAGUGUCCCCAUACAGCUGGCAGCCACUGGAAAACCAGAAGGAUUCAGUGGAUGAGCAGCAUUGGCCAGAAACACAGCCAGUAAUCUGGCAGAAUGAAGAAAGAAGAAGAAGUAAACAAAUUAGAAAAGAGUAUUUCAAGUAUAAGUCUUCCAGAAAGAGUUCAAGUGGAAAUGAAAAUGAUGAGCAAGACAGUGAUAAUACUAAUGUGUCCCCACAGUCUCCUGUGUUGUCUGAGGAUUAUGAAAGGACAGAUAAUAACACUCAUGGUCCAUUUGGUCUCAAACCAAGGUCAGCUUUCAGCCGUGCCUCACGCCAGGACUAUGGUGCAGUGGAUCCUGGGUUUACUAUGAGGAGGAAAAUGGAACAUUUAAGGGAAGAAAGGGAGCAGAUCAGACAGCUUCGCAGUAAUCUUGAAUCCAGGUUGAAGGUAAUUUUGCCAGAUGACAUUGGAGCAGCGUUGAUGGAUGGGGUGGUUCUUUGCCAUUUAGCCAAUCACAUAAGGCCGCGUUCUGUUGCCAGCAUUCAUGUCCCAUCGCCAGCAGUGCCUAAACUCAGCAUGGCAAAGUGCCGAAGAAAUGUUGAAAACUUUCUUGAUGCUUGUAAAAAAUUGGGCGUUCCACAGGAGAGACUUUGCUUGCCUCAUCACAUUCUGGAGGAAAGGGGUCUGGUGAAGGUUGGCCUCACAGUUCAAGCUCUGCUUGAGUUGCCUGCGUUGAAAGUAUCUCAGCUUUCUUCCAUGUGACACGACUUUCUGGCAGCUAGACAACUUCCCAUUUGCUCUGUUGAUAAGGAUUGCUCUCAGGCACUUGAGCCUCCUACACAGGAACACCUAAGCCAUCAAAAACUAAAAUUUGUCCAGAUGCUGUAGAGAGCCUUACUUUGGAGCAGUGUGUGAAAACCUUUUGAGUUAGUUCACAAUUAAAAGAACAUAACUAUUUUUUUUCUUUUGUAAUUGGAUAUACAAAGAGAAUGUGGUAGCAUCAGAUUCUCUUUCUAGUGAAGUUAAAAGCUGCCAUUUAACAUCUCAGUGUUAGAGUUAAAUGCUGAAUUUCUUUUUUUACAUUGAAAAUGUUGUUUGAAUUACUUUUGAAAGUACAAAGCACACCCCUGUCACUUUCAUUUUUCAAGUCAAUUCUUUGAUUUAAAGAUAAGACAAAAAUGUAGCGAUGGUAUGAUGUGCAACUGAUCACUUGUAAUCUCCUUUCACUCUCUGAAAGCUUGAUAUUUGCGUUCUUUGUUUUUUGCACUCCUGAUUGUAACUUACGCACUUCUAGCAUUGCCAGUAUUGAGUCUGAGUGUCUGGUGAUUACACAGAACAGGAUACAGUGAGAAAAGGACACAGUUUAUUGAGUUUUUACAGUCUUCUAGGUUGGUGCCAAAUAUGUUUUUCAGUUGUACUGUAGAUUGUUUACCUGUGAAGUGCCUGUGUAAUUGAUAACUCUUAAUAGUCUUAAACAUUUUUGAAAUUUCUUUGUUUAAAAUAGAUAAAAUGGAAUUUUUAAAAUAUUUUAAUAAUUUUUUUUUGUAAAAUCAGUAUGUGAAGAUUUAAGUAAUACUUCACAUUUUUGAUGUUGGGUGUUUUAAGUUUGUUGCACAAUUUCAUUGGUUAUUUGUUGUCUAAUAAUUAGAAAAUACUGUAAAUACCUUUUAUUUAUGAUAUUUAAUUUGAUAAUACCUAAUUACUUUUGCUUUAAUGUAUUGUUGGACAAAUAUAAAGUUGUCUAUUUUUCUUUGUUUGGGACAAACAAAUACACAUGAUGAAUAAGACAUGAGGACUAGUGAUUCAUACAGAGUAAUUUAGGACAU